AUGUCCGACUACAAGGAUAGCGUAGAAGACCUCUCGCACGACUUUACGCGACCACAUUCUAUAGACCUUACGCUCGAGCUCGAGCACCAACUGGAGGCUGAAUCUCUCCCUAAUUCUCCUUCCGUGGGACGUCCACGGUCCCUGGAUACCCAUGUGCUGGCGUCUCUAAUCACGCAGCUCCGCAUGUCUGUCGAGGAGUUGACGAAGGAACGGGACGGCCUCUCCAACCUUCUCGUCGAGACGAAGUCGCGUGAACAAGACACGCAGGAAGCGCUGACCAUUGUCGCCGAGAAGUGCGUCCAUCUCGAAGCAGAACUUGCGGCUGCGCAGAAUAAGAUUCAGGAAGACGAAGAUGCUAUUACUAUGCUCCGCGGCAAGGUCGAGGAGAGCAGACGGGGUCUCAUGAGACUGCAGACCGAGAGUCGGCGCAUGAGCCAAAUGUCGAAUCUUACGCUGGAUUUGUCUCGGGCCGGGCAGCCAAUGCUCAGCGGACCGCCCACAUCGAAACGCGCAUCCUUCACUCCAUUGACCGGAUCCUCUGCAGGCCGCACCGGCCAUCGGCGAAUCUCUUCAGUCUCGGACACGAGUCUCAUAAUGAGUGCCCCGCACUUUGGUGACCAUGGUCAAUGGCCUGCCUCUCCCAGGUCCCCAGUAGAAUUCUCGCAACCGGCCCUCACUGCACCUGCCCAUGGGCGACGAGCGUCUGGUUUUUUCGGGUUUGGAACGGGCGCUGUUCCUGAACCUGCGAGGCUUGUUGAUGCCUCUGAGGUGGAGGUGCUUCGCAAGGAGCUCGAGACAGUCAAGGAUCAACUUGAGGAGACGAGGCAUGAGCUUGGCGAGGCUCAGGAAGCGAAGGAGGCUUCGGAGAUGUGCGUUAGGGCGCUGCGUACGUUCAUUGCGGAGAACAGUGUAGGAGAACAGACAACUAGGAGCUCAGUUGCAGCGAAGCCGCCGCCUAUGUCCGCAAAUAGCUCCCAGGACUCCGCCGGAAGGAAGAGCGUGAGCAGUGCAUCUAGAUGGGGGUUCAAGUUGUGGAACACCUCAGAUACUGCUCCGCCUUCAGCCCCCUCUCCACCUUCUGGAUCAGCAUCGCCUGCGAUGACUCAGGGAGGUCCGCUCUCGAAGAAAUUGGGUGGUAUGUUCAGUCCGCGGGCCAGCGUUUCUUCCACAUCGUCGGCUCCACGUCCACGUCCCAUGCAGCAGGAGCCGUCGUUCAUAGGGUCCGACACAUCAUCCAUCGCUGAUUCCUCUCCCGAGCCCGUGAGCCCAGCAUCGGAGAUGCCUCGUACGAGCGUGCUGGUGCAAGACGGCGAGGUGCUAUUGUAUGAAGCUCAUGACGAAGUGAAGGCGAUUGCGAUGGUUGCCAGUGGAUGA